GAAAAAAAAUCGUUAGGCAACCCGUAAUACAAGCCAAGUUGUGGUUAUCUCACUUGAUAUUUGUGACCUUGACCCUAGGAAAGUGAGGUUAAGUGCGUGAAAACCGUGAAAAAUCCUGUUUUUUUGAAGUGUAUACAAUGUGGCCCAUUUUAAUAAGAACGCUACGGGUCUACGCCCCUUAUAUCACCCUUCCUUUUGCGGCAGUUGUCGGUGUAAUAGGUUAUAAUUUGGAAAAUUAUUUUUCCGAUAAAUAUACACCAUACAAUGCCUCUAUUAAAGAAUCAAGGGACGACAGACUUCUUUCAAAUGAAACUUUGGAAUCUGCCACUGAAGUAGAAAAACUUCGCUAUAAAGCCAACGUUUUGGGCACUAACGUGUCACCAUCAUUAGAAAAUUAAUGUGUUUUGAAUUGUUAUUAGAGAUUCUGUGAUAAAGUAGUCAAUAAAUUAUUUUGAAAGCUU